AAAGAAAUGUCACAUUGACGUUUCAUUUGACAGUUAGUUAUUAGCACCAAAAAUUGAAAAAUACUCAAUACCAAGCAAUGGCAAUGAAAUCCGACUUUGCCUCAAUUGAAAUUAAAACUCACGUAAUUCAAUCCUAAAUCCACAAACUUGUCAACUUUAUCAAAAAUACCUGAAACGUUCUAGUCAAUAUGAGCGGUGCUUCUCAACAAUUAAUUAAUUUAACACUUUACAUGUUAUGUUUUGAGAUAAUCUCGACAAAUUCACGCACCUCAACACUGUGGAAACUCAAUUCAGACCAAACGAAAAUCAUCGAGGCCAAUUCCUUCCAUCAAGUUGUCUCAAAUGGGGUACAAUUUAUCACAGAAGACGACCCCAUUUUCAAUAUAAUAACAUCAACAGUCCAUUUGGGACAUUCGUGGAUAAAAGAACGAGUCGAACAUUACUGCACCAACUGUCACGUUAAAAAUCUAAAACUUGUAAAUAGCACAAAUGUGGUUGUGAAACCCCCCGAACCGGACGAAGUCCUCGAUUGUGGCAAACCCGUCAAUUUCACCUACUACGACAACCUCGUGGGGGUCCUAAACCGACACAAACACCCCACCGUACCUGAGCCCCACGCAGCGCUAAUUUUCACCAAACGAACGAAAAAGAAAGACUUCGAUGUGGACGCAUUGGAACGCAAACUGAAAAAAGCCAAACGAGAGAAACCCAAAUCGGUGCAAUUGUACAACCAAAUCGGCAACUUCUGGCGCAUCAAGGGGGACGCCGAAAAGGCCAUCGAGUGCUUCCGACGCGCCCUCGCCGUGUCCCCCCACAACGCCGAAGUCCUCCUAAAUCUGGCGCGAGUUUUAUUCACUUUGCAGUAUUUAGACGACGCGAUUUACCUGACACGACGAUCAUUGGAGGUGCAGUCGCCCGAUAAGGGGGCCUGGCAGCAGUAUUUCACCUUGGGGGAGAUCCUCAAGGCUUAUGGCCACUACCAGGAGGCUUCCAUUCAUUUAAAACACACAUUGGAGCUGAAACCGGGAUUUGAACCGGCCCAAAUAGCCCUCAAGGAGAUGGAGACACUCCCAGCAGCGAGUAUACACGUUUAUACCCUUGUUAUAAUAAUUUGCCUGGUUUUAGGUGUUUUAUUGGUGAUUUUGUCGUCGGUGGAUAACAUGGGGGAGGGUGAGUAUGCGGAGGUGAAGCCCCAGAGGCACUUCAACAAGGCCAUGGCGAUGAGGAGUUUGAGGGGGUUCGGGGGGUCCCAGAAACGCACCAAGAGGAUUCUUGCCUGAUUAAUAAACUGUAUGAAAGUUUA